AUCCUUUUUGGUUCAUUUUAGGAGGGAAAUCCAAACAAAGAAGAAAAAAAAGAAAACCUCCCUUAAAGACUCCGAUUCAUUACUUCUACAGAGGCAAGAGGGGACCCCAAUAUAAUAAUCUUUGGCACAAUCCUUUGUUUCAAAAGAGUUUAGUCAUCGGAGAGAUCAGAGAAACAAAGAAAUCAGAGGAAAAAACUGAGUUGGAAGAAAGAAUGUUUGCAGCAGAGAAUGGACUCAAAGGAGACCCAAGGCUACAAGCCAUAUCUGAUGCCAUUAGGGUCGUUCCUCACUUCCCAAAACCAGGGAUUAUGUUCCAGGACAUAACAACGUUGUUGCUGGAUCACAAGGCGUUCAAGGAUACCGUCGACAUAUUUGUCGAUCGCUACAGAGACAUGAAUAUUUCUGUCGUUGCUGGAGUUGAAGCUAGAGGAUUCAUGUUUGGUCCGUCAAUUGCCUUAGCAAUUGGUGCCAAGUUUGUUCCUCUGAGAAAACCAAAAAAGUUGCCAGGUGAAGUAAUUGCUGAAGCUUAUGAGCUGGAGUAUGGAACUGACUGCUUGGAGAUGCACGUUGGGGCUGUUCAGCCAGGAGAACGUGCUAUAGCUAUUGAUGAUUUAGUAGCAACCGGUGGAACUCUGUCAGCUGCCAUAAGACUCUUGGAACGUGUCGGUGCUCAAGUUGUUGAAUGCGCAUGUGUUAUUGGACUGCGCGAGGUCAAGGGGCAACGUAGGCUUGACGGAAAGCCACUUUAUAUUCUUGUGGAGCCACGUGAAAUAGAUGGCUGUUAUUAAGAGAAAGAUGAUGCAGGAGCAACAGCUUUGCUGGCUUAUCUCUCUCUUAAUUGUUUGGCAAAGCACUGCCCUUCACAAGGCUUAUUUCGAAUGAUUCAUUUUUCUUGUGAGAUUAUUGUUAUCUUUUUUUCUAGGCUUGAAAUUGUGUUUCCAUCCACAAAUUGUGAACAAAGCAUCAAUGAAGAAAUGCUGUUUCUCCAUUCUGAC